AUGGCUUCGCCGACAUCACUUCCAUCGUUACUCGACUCGAUGAAAGCGCAGGCGCCAUCAUGGGAGCAGAUCAAGAGGACGCCGCUGUUCAUACUCACGAACUAUUCCAAUGUCUUAAUGUUCUUAUUCUUCGUGGGAGCUGGAUUAUGGCAAAACAAGAGAAAAAGGGAUGAAGCGAAGAAAGUACCGCAACACUCUGCCUUGCCGGCACCAGAUUUUCCAACCAUUACGGAGCUUGAGAAAUUCGAUCUCAAAACGACCGAGCCUCUAAAACUGCGGCCGUUCAAGCCCAAAUACCAUCUCACCAUGGACGGUGACACAGCUCUGGAAACUCUCGACCCUAACGACCUUCUCCUGAUGGACAAAAACUAUCAACCCCGCAUAACUCACCGCCGGCGUAUCAUAGAACAAAACACCACGAUCGCCAUCGGCGUCAACAACGACAAGCGCAUCCGGCCCGCCGUCUGCGACCUCUACUCCUUCCUAACAGGGACCUACCUACCCCUCCGCUACCCGACCAUGUUCCGCAUCCACCACACCGAGUACGAAUACGGCAAAGCGUCCGUGCUCCAAAAUCUCGUCACCGGGGAAAUGCUGCCCACUUCUGCCACGGGUGCCUCAACACCGACCUUCGCUCUCCUGCGAACGCUGGGCCGGCAUCUCGACGAAGAUUUCUUGCUCCUCCUCCCUGAAACGAACGCGCAGGGAGGGGUCAAGAAGGACGCGAAAUAUGUCCUUGAAGCGUAUGUUGCGUGCUGUCCCUCCGGUUUCAAUCCAGCAGAAAAGCUGGGCAAGAAAUUACGUGAUAUCCAUGGUCCGGUGCCCGGGUACGCGGAGAAGCUGGAGGGGAGUAUGGAUCGCUUCUUUGCCAAGCUGGAGGAUGGGAAGUAUGUGAAGAGGGCAAAUUGGAGUGUUAGUAUGGAUGGGGAGCUUUUUCAGCCUGGGUUGGGGACCACGCAUGCGCUUGAAGGGGAUGAGGUGCGGGAGUUUACUGGGGAGUUGGAUCCGGACAAGACAUUUGUGCGAUGUGAAAGACAGACCCUGCAUCGUCUCCCGAAAUCAAAGGCGCUGGUCUUCGGUAUCAAGACCUACCUGUAUCCGCUCCGAGAGAUCAAGGAGGAAGGCCUUGGUGAGGAACUUGCAGCAGCCAUUGACGGACUGAAGGAGGGGAAUAUACCGGAAAUGCAUUUCUACAAGCGUGGAGGCGAGUGGGGGACAGCGGUGAAGAAGUACCUACGAAGUUGA